AUCCUCCAAUAACUAUCACUUGCUUUGCUUCUCUCAUUUCUGCUUUAGACAUCCAAGCGUCGAGUAAUACCAGUCAUACAAGUCGGGUAUACAUUGUAUGCUACAUAAUAAACUGACCGCCAUGAGUUCCUUGUUGUAGGCCUAUAUUAUGAAGGCCCUGUGUAAAUACGUGUACAUACUUUCUGUACUUCAUUGACACUAAGGAAUAUAUUUUGAUCUGGUGUAAAAGAAGGGAUCGUCAUGGCAUCCUUAAACACUUUGUUAGACUCUGUUGUCUCGGAGGAAGUUGAAUGUGCAAUUUGCCUCAACAAAUUGGAUACACCGCGAAUACUCUCAUGCUUGCACAGCUUCUGUGAGAAGUGCUUGGAGAAGUGCAUCCGAAACCGCAAAGACUCGAAAGACGAUUCCUCUCAGUCGGGCAACAGCAGCUUGAAGUGCGCCCUCUGCAAGGAAUAUACUGCCCUUCCGGACUCUGGUGUUCGAGGACUGAGACUUGACUUCAGAGCUACUCGAUUAGUAGAAGCCCUUCAAGAACAGGAAACCCGGGAACGCAAACUUGCUAGUUCGGCACAUCGCUGCGAGGCAUGCGGAUGCACUGAAUCUGGAGAAACUGCUUCUACGGAUUCACCAUUUACCUACUGCAGAGAAUGCUGCCAAGUCCUCUGCCAACGCUGCUCCGCGGCCCAUGCUGGUUUGCGACUGACCCAAUCACACACAGUCGCUAAGAUAUCUGACUUGCUCAAUGGGAAGGUCACCAUCCAGAGUAAGGACCACUCAAUGCUAUGCCCGAAGCAUGCUGACGAAAAGCUGAAGAUAUUCUGUGUGACCUGUCUUGAGCCUGUUUGCCACGAUUGCACCCUGAUAGAUCAUAACCGAGAGCAGGGUCACCAACUCCAAUUCCUGAAGGAUUUUAUUCCAACCAUUCGUGAAGAGCUAAGUUCACGUACAGAAGAGGUUACAGAGAAAUCCGGGGAAUUCUCGGAAUUUCUCAACUUGGUUGAUGACUUGGAAACCCAUAUCAUAGACAAAACUAAGACAACCAGCAAAAGCAUACAGAAUGCUGUUGUCGACUACAGCAGCAGAGUUGAAGAAGUGCAUUUUCAAAUGGAGAAGGUAGCUUGUGAUUAUCUAGGUGAAAAGACAAAGCAAUUAAACCAAUUGAGGAGGAAGACGCAGCACAUUAAAUCACUGGCGGAAAAGAGUUUGUCCCUGACGCAGCAAAUCCUAGAGAAUGAGCAGGAUCUUGUCGGCUUGGCCUCUAUGUAUAAAAGUCUUAGAGAAGCCAUGGACAGAGCCAUAGCUGAAAAACCCGAUGAGCAGAAGCUAAAAAAUAUAAGGAAAUCUAUAGAUCGUUUGCACUACCACGUGACACCUCUUGAGGCAAAAAUCGGUAAGGUGUCCAUAGGAUGUAGCUGCAGAGAACGCAGUUCGUCGAGUGUGGCUUGUAAGAAUGGUCCAAAAGAUGUUCUGUUUACAAGGGAUGGAAGAAUGUCGGCCAUUGUCCAAGCUGAAUGCAUUGGAGGGAGACCAGAGACAGUUUAUGUCAAGACCGGUACUGAGACGCUUUACAAACUUGACACGAGAGAUGCAGGGAAGAGAUACGAAGGCUACUACAGCAGCAGUAGGCAAUCCUAUUCGGCCACUGUUAGGGGAGUUUAUGAGGCCAAGGAUGUUAAAUGUCCCGCUGUGUUUGCAGCUAUCAAGCAGACAGCGACCAGCUUCCCAAACUGUACCUCGUUCAGUUGGACCCGAUGGCUUCCAACUCUACAGUACGACAGCAUCAGAUGUUUUACUGCUCUGUCAGAUCAUCGCUUCAUCAUUGCAACCACUGAUGCAAAGUUGUACAUCCUUGGGGAUGCUCUAGGCGAGCUAUCUCAUGAUUUACCAGUGAAAAGAAGUAUCUCCGGCUUGGCAACAGACAACGAGGACAACAUCUACAUCACUGAUCGCGACAACCACAAGAUCUUUAUCCUACGGUCCGAUGGCAACUUGAAGAAUACAUUGACCGUUGAGGAUAUCUCCCCAACCUGCAUCGCCGUCCCUCACAUGGGGCCAGAGGUCAUUGCAGUUGCGCAUGAACCAGCUACAGUAUCCGUCCUAGACCAUUACGGGAAUUCCCUGUGUUCCAUCCACAACGAGCAAUGGAAGAAGGUGGCCAUCGGAUGUGACGCUGAUCGGUUGCUUUACAUCCUAUGGUCCGACCGAAACAACAAGAAGACGCUACAGCGAUACACCUUCCAGGGAAUGCAGGUGGACACCCUGUUUGAGAAGGAAUCGCACAGCUACACCGAUCUUGUCCUGGCAGUAUCACCUACAGGAGCUUGCGCGGCUGCAGUGGUCACAACUACCGGUGUUGAUGGCAAAGUGGCUACUGUAGCACCAAGAGAAAAACCGUCCCCAGAAGUGCUCCCAUAGGCGUAUUCAUAAAAGCGGACUGCAUAAGUUGCGUGGCUUCAUCCAAUGAUUUAUCAAGGAACAUAGGUCAAACACUUAAUUCUUUAUCAAAAAAAAAUACAAAGGGUAAUAUAAAGAAAAACAGGAAUAGUUCAAACAUUUCAGAUAAAUGCAUUCUGAAUGUAAAGAUAUAGACCAGAUAUAUCACUGCAGAAUAAAGGCUUUUCAUUGUAGUUAUCCUAUAUUUCAUAAAUCAAUGGUUGAAGUCUGACGACUGUAUCCAAAACUUAAUUGCUUUUAUAGAUGUCAUCCAUGGGAGUCCGAAGGAUUAAUUAUAUUCUGUUUAGAUAAAAACGAUGAUAAAUGUACUUUUACUGGAAGAAUAUUACUUGUAAUGACACGACUAAGCUAGACCAUUUGCAAAUAUUGCAUAACCUUGAUACUAUAGUUUCCACUUUACCAUUUCACCUCGGUAGGAGGCGCCAAUCAGAGUGAUGAUGGUCCGGUGGCGGGUGCCGUUUUGACCACUGCAAGUCGUCAGCGCUGCCGCUGCCUUGUAGAUCAUAAUGUACAGUCACACCAACGAAACCGACUCAAACCGACCGAUAGAUCUAAUAGAUUUGAUCAGACACUAGUCGGUUUCGUACGUGAGACUGUGAAAUUGAUGUUGAUUGUCUAUACGAAAAUAUGGAUAGCUUUACAAGGGAAUCUCUGGUGUUACCUAUAUUGGCUGAACGAGAACAUUUAGGACAGUGUUCCUUUAAUGAAUUUGAUGAUUUCUUUUUCGGUUAUGUGUUUUAUAGAGUAAAGAGCAUAAUUAAAAAAAUUGAAAGUGAUCAGAAGAAGGUAUAAUUUUAAUUUAGUUUUCUUGGGAAUCAACUUUUUUCCUUCUAUCUUUUUAUAAAGGGGUUAUGAUUUUAAUCAUGUAUUCUUAGAACAAUCUGAAUAUGGUAUACGAAACUGCCUUAGAUCUAUUAGAUGUGCAACUUCUCAUUUUCUUUAGGACAUGCAUUCUUGACUUGGAUCAAUUUUGCAGGAGAAAGU